CUUAACAAGCUGUAAAUACUAAUGCUAUAUUCGAACAAACUCACCGGAACCAUACCCGAUUCAUUUGGGAGUUUCAAAGACGGCGAAUACGGCGGUUUCACUCUCGAUUUAUCUCACAACCAGCUCUCCGGUGGAAUCCCAACAUCGAUUAACGUCUCAAGCAUCGACCUGUCGCAUAACAAACUCACUGGAGACGCAUCAAUGUUGCUGAGGGAGAAUGGAGCAGCGGAAUGGGUCUACUUAUCUCCCAACCAACUCGACUUUGAUCUGACGAAGGUGAAGUUUCCAAAGAAGUUAAAAGUUUUAGAUUUGUCCCAGAACCAGAUUCACGGCAACAUUCCGAAGCAGUUAAUUAAUAAGUCGGAUUUGGAAAGAAUGGAUUUGAGUUAUAAUCAGCUGUGCGGAAAGAUUCCGAUCGGUGGGAAAGUGCAGAAGAUGGGUGCCAAAUCCUUUGCCCAUAAUCGCUGUUUGUGCGGCCCACCACUCCCGAACAAGUGCAAGUAAACCAGUCUGCAUCCAGUGAAAGAA